AUGUCGCACCUGCAGUAUUACAGCUAUGAGGGCGUUGGGCAGAAGAACAAGAAAGACUUCCUCUACAGCCAAGCUGUUCGUAUUGGUGAUCGAAUCGAAUGUGCUGGCCAGGGUGGCUGGGAUCCAAAGACUGGUGUCUUCCACCGAGAGAUCAACGCACAGAUAGAUCAAGCAUUUGCAAACAUCGACUUAAAUCUGAAGGACGCCGGUGGGAAAGGGUGGGAACAAGUGUUCCGUGUCAACUCCUACCAUGUCCCCAUAAACAAUGAAGCGCUCGAUGCUAUGGUACGGAAUUUUAAACGCUGGAUGCCGAAUCACCAGCCUAUUUGGACUUGUGUUGGGGUGACAAGACUGGGUGAAGAUGAUAUGCGGGUAGAAAUUGAGGUUGUAGCGCAUGAUCCUGAAGGCGCUCGGUAG